GGCGAUGGCUCGUGCUAGACGUGUCCUGGAAAGGAUGAAGCUCCUUAUUCUUUGUGUGAUGGUCCACGGUUUGUCGGCGGAGGGCACGGGAGAAGUCUUGUCGAUCGGCCGGUGGAAGGAGCAGGUGAUCGCGCCGGAGUUCCUACUGCAAGAUCGCGACGGUGCCUCCGAGGACAACCGGGCGUACCUCUACGAGGACAAGCGUGGCCUCCGUCCCGAGGGGCUCGGCGAGGUCAAACGAGUCACCGGCGCCGAGGACGUCGGUCUGCAGCCGCGUCUCGUAACGAGAUCUCUGCCGUGCACCUGCGAGACGCAGUACGAGAUAAGGGAUCUGGGCGAGGGAUAUUACCCGAGGUAUCUGACCGCGUCGAGCUGCAAGCCGAAAGCCUGCCUGGGCAAGUUCAAUUCCUGCCGACUGCUCCACUACAUGGUUCACGUGUUGAGUCAACGCGAUAUGAGCGAGUUAAACGAUGACAGUUAUUCGGACGAUAGCGGACUUGAGGAAGCACCACUUCCGGAAGCACUCCGUCAUAAGUGGCAACUGAAGCCGAUGAAAGUCCCAGUUGCGUGUGUGCCGGAGACAAGAUAGGAGAAAA